AUUCCGCGCCCAACAUGUCGUCCGUAGACCCGGACUCGUUUUCAACGGGACUUCGCGUGCCCGGUUUGGAGGCGUUAACGGAUGAAGAUCCCAUGAAACGUCAGAUCAGCAUCAGACACAUUGCACCAAAGGAAAGUAUCAACAAUUUGAAGGAUGCAUUCAACCGCCAUUUACACUACACGAUGGCGAAAGACCGGAACGACGCCUCAGACUGGCACUUCUACAUGGCUCUAGCCCAUACUGUCAAGGACACAUUGGUGGGCCGCUGGAUUCGGACUCAGCAACACUACUAUAAAAAAGAUCCUAAACGUGUGUACUACCUAUCACUGGAGUUCUAUAUGGGUCGAACUCUAACCAACACUAUGGUUAAUCUCGACAUUCAAAACUUGUGUGGCGGCACCGUACGAACGCUAGGUCUCAAUAUGGAAGAGCUAGAGAACAGUGAAGAGGAUGCUGGUCUCGGGAAUGGCGGUCUUGGGCGUCUAGCUGCCUGUCUGAUGGACUCAAUGGCCACUCUAGGUAUGGCAGCCUAUGGAUACGGCAUCCGCUAUGACUAUGGUAUAUUCGAGCAGAGGAUCAAAGGCGGGUGGCAGGUUGAGGAACCUGAUGAGUGGCUGAGGUAUGGAAACCCGUGGGAACAUGCAAGACCAGAGUUUACCAUCCAUGUACAUUACUAUGGCAGUGUUGAAAACAAUGAACAAGGAUCCAAGUGGGCGAAAACACAGAUUGUCCAGGCAAUUCCGUACGACACGCCAAUACCGGGCUUCCAUAAUAACACCGUGAACACAAUGAGGUUAUGGUCUGCCAAAGCAUCAGACAGUUUCAAUCUAAACUUCUUCAACAAUGGAGAAUACCUUAAGGCCGUGUACGAUCGAAAUUUGGCGGAGAACAUAAGUAGGGUGCUAUACCCUAAUGAUAACGUGUUUGAAGGCAGGGAGCUACGUUUAAAACAGGAGUACUUUCUUGUCUCUGCCUCCCUUCAGGAUAUAAUUCGGCGGUACAAAUCUCCGAAACGUGGAGGAGCAGAUGGUGUCAGGAAUUCAUUUGCAAUAUUUUCCCAGAAAGUUGCUCUGCAGCUUAACGACACGCAUCCUUCGCUCGCCAUCCCAGAAUUAAUGCGGCUCCUUAUUGACGAGAAUGGGCUGACCUGGGAAAAUGCCUGGGAAAUUGUCCAGGAGACAUGCGCUUACACAAACCAUACCAUCCUUCCCGAGGCUCUCGAACGCUGGUCCACGCAUCUAUUGGAAAGGGUUCUUCCUCGGCAUCUCCAGAUCAUCUAUACCAUCAAUCAUCACUUUCUAGACGAUGUCAAGCAGCGUUUUCCUGGAGAUGAUGGUCGUAUUCGGAGGAUGUCCAUCGUUGAAGAGGGAGACGAGAAGCGUAUCAACAUGGCGCAUCUGUCCAUUGUUGGGUCACAUGCCGUGAAUGGCGUUGCCCGUAUACAUUCCAAUCUUCUUAAGAGCAAAAUCUUCAAGGAUUUUUACGAGAUGUAUCCCGAAAAGUUUCAUAACAUCACAAACGGCAUCACUCCGAGACGGUGGCUGAUGGUGUGUAAUCCAUCCCUGACAACCCUCAUUAGCAACACGGUUGGGACCGAAUGGCUCACCAAUCUACAUUUCCUAAGGAAUCUCGAAUCGUUCCAGUGUGAUGCUAUGAUCAUUCGGAUGAUUAUAGAAUCCAAGAGAGAAAACAAGAUCAACUUAGCUGCUUAUUUAAAGAAGCAUGUUGAUAUCGAAGUCAAUCCCGAUUCCAUGUUCGAUGUACAGGUGAAGAGAAUUCAUGAGUACAAACGUCAGCUUUUGAACUGUCUGCACAUCAUCACUUUGUACAACAGGAUGAAAGCAGAUCCUAGCAUUGACGUCGUCCCCAGAACCGUGAUGAUAGGUGGAAAGGCAGCACCGGGAUACUUCAUGGCGAAACUUAUCAUCAAACUAAUCAACAACGUCGCCGAUGUUGUUAACAACGAUGAAUCCAUACAGGGCAAAUUAAAAGUGGUGUUCCUACAGAACUACCGGGUCUCUCUUGCGGAGAAAGUCAUCCCCGCCGCAGACCUCAGUCAGCAGAUAUCUACCGCCGGAACUGAAGCUUCUGGCACCGGAAACAUGAAAUUCAUGCUGAACGGUGCUUUGACAAUUGGAACUCUUGACGGCGCCAAUAUUGAGAUGCUAGAAGAAGUGGGUGAGGAUAAUUUCUUCCUGUUCGGAAUGAAUGAGACUGAAGUAGAAGCGACCAGACCAAACUACUAUCCAAAGAAAUAUUAUGAAGAAGAUCCGGAACUUAUGCAAGCACUUGACCAAAUCAACAAUGGCUUUUUCUCGCCAGAGGACCAUGGUCUCUUCAGGGAUAUAUAUAACGAGCUCGUGUUUUCGGACAGGUACAUGCUUCUUGCCGACUUCCGGUCGUACAUUGAGUGUCAAAAGCGGGUCGAUGACCUGUACCACCAACCUCAGGAAUGGGCAAGAAUAUGCCUCCUCAACAUUGCCGCGGCUGGUAAGUUCUCUAGCGACCGGACCAUCACCGAGUACGCCUCCAAAAUCUGGGGAGUUGACCCUUCCGGCUACAAACUUCCGCUUCCACACGUGGUGCAUAACGAAUCCCAUUGAAAUUGAUUAUGGCGAGCAUAAUCUGAAUAAUAUUAGAAACUUACCAGAGAAUAUGGUUCAAAAGAAACCAUUUUGAUAUCAGGAUACCAGUAUUUUGGGAAUAAUAAAUAGUGAUGAAAUAAA